CAGUCUGUAUUCAGUCAACUUAAAACAUACAUAAUUGGUUAAUAUUCAUUCUUAAAUAUAGUUUGCACGCGACAACGGACCGAGAAAGACAUACUUUUGGCACUCAAUUAAAAUGGAUACGUUGCCAAAUAAUCCUUUAUUUCGUUACAAUCCCGACACUUUAAUUAUGGUCAGGAAAAAGCAUAAUUUAGAAAAAAGCGAGGACAUGAAUAAAGUUAUCGAUAUACUCGAGGAUUGGAUUAAACAGCAGAAUCAUUUUAAGAAGACGGACUAUACAAGAGCAUACUUGGAGAACACGAUAAUAGUCAACAAAGGAUCCAUAGAAAGAGCCAAAGCCCAGAUUAGUAGGCUUUGCGCAUUGAAAUCAUUGUUGCCUACUUUCUUUGAUGGCUACAAGUCCCGAAGCGAUUUGCUGGAAACGAAAAAAUACCUUUUACAAGCCUGGUUGCCGAGAAUGACAGAGGAAAAUCACAGGGUCUACGUAGUUAGAGUUAGUAAUGGCGCAACGACGAAGUGUAUUCUAAACGUCUACAAAUUUGGCAUUCUGCUAAACGAGUAUUUACGAGCUCACGAUUACAAUGACGGUGUAAUAGUGUUUAUCGACUUCAGGAAUGUAAACGUCAUGGAGUUCGCUAGUAAUUUGAAUUUAGCGGAUCUACGCAAUAUCAUGACAAUAGCGAUGGAAGGAUACGAUGUGAGGGUUAAAGGUAUACAUUUCUUCACUUCAUCGAAAACAAUUGAUGUGAUUGUCAAUAUCAUGAAACAGGUUGUUAGUGCCAAACUAGGGAGUCGCAUCCACACGCACCUUACUUUAGAUAGCCUUUACAAGUACAUAACACCGAAUGAUAUAUUACCAGCUGAGUAUGGCGGGAACGAAGAAUCAUUGGACGAUUUAAGCGAUAAAUUAAUUAACACCUUUACGAAUGAAGAUAAUGUUAAAUUCUUUGCUGAGAUGGCCGAGGCUGGUGUUCAUGAAGCUUUGAGGCCAAAGGAUGGGGUGGCCUGUUUCGAUGAACAAUCUCUUGGUAUAGCUGGAAGUUUUAGGACAUUAAGUGUAGAUUAAAGGACAAUGCCCAUUUUCUUAGGGCGUUUGGGCCCCUAAAAAAAGUUGUCGGGUCAUGAUGGUUUUAACUUAAUUUGAUAGACAAGAAAGAUAUCGUUUCAUAUUCAGAAAACGAUUUUUAUAUUCUCACCCAGGUUUAAGAGAAAUCUGUUUUUUUCUGCAGCUAAAAUUAAGUUGUUAAUUGUUUUCUUCGAAAUCAAUAAUCGCUCUCAUCAUUAUUUACAGUAUUAAAUAAGUUCAUUGUGGUUAAUGUUGCUAGAAAUAAGCCCUUACGUACAUUUUAUUAUUAUUAUAUCCUCAUAAUAAUAAAAAAAUGAAAUGAAAAUCCAGAAGACGGCAACGAUAUUAUUGUUGUUGUUUUUAAAUUCGCCAAUAAGCAGGCAAAGAGCGUAGUCUAUACAGCCUAGUCUGUCGUAGUUAUAUAUUUUUUUUUUCAAUAAAAAGCUGGUGUGUCUCUUUUUAUUGCUUUUUGGGAGUUUUGACGUCAACUCGAUGAAUAGCACAUUGAGUGAGCGUGAAUUUCAGCAGACCUUUUUAUCUUGAAAAAAAAAAAAACAGUCACUGCUAUGUUAGCCACAGUUUUAUUCCAAUGCCUUUAAUAAUCGUGAACAACGAUUAUUGACGUUUAAUACACAAAACAAAACCCAAUUUAUAUAUUAUACAAUACAGUAAACUAUUAAAAAUACAUUAAAAUAAAACUUCAAGUGACGCUUCACUCGGGUUGCUGCCAAAAUUCUCUGAUCAUAUAUAAUAAGAAUAGAGUAAUUAAUUAAUUAGGUAGGCCAUUGAGAUUUUUACUAAUGGAAUCAAUAAUAUCUAAAAAUAUUAAAUAAUUCUUGUUUUUAAGUAAUAAUUAUUAUUACAAUAUAUAAAUAUUGAAUUGAACAAAAAUAAACUAAAAAGUCUGAAUUAUAACUAUUAGCUAAAUUUUUUUAAUUUGUUGUUCAAGUCACAGACAACUCUUUCGUUUGGCAGCUUAAAGGUUUACUAUAAGGCUUUAUGGGCUAAACCCUUUGCCUAUUGGCGAAUUUAAAAACUAUGGCACUCAGUUUUGGGUUGUUAUCAAAUAAGUAAUUUAUUUUUUUGUAAAACAAUACCAGGUUGAAAGAAAUGUUGAUACAUAAACUAAACAACGUGAAAAAAUAAGGCAUAGUUUUUCAAGUACAAAUAGUUUUGACAUAAAGUUGGCCCACUUUUGGGCAUUGUCCUUUGGCUAAGCUUAGUUAUUGGUGAGAUUAUAAAAUAUACUCUCGAGAAUAUAGGUGGCUAUUUAUUUACUUUUAUUUUACAAAACGAAAAUAAUUAGAUAUUAAAAAGUCAGAUAAUUAUGUACAAAAGCAUGGAUAAUUCAUACAUAAGUUUUCUUCACUGUGACUAAACUGACUUCACUUGUGACUAAAUAAAAAAAUUUAAAAGAUUUAAAGGAUUGUAAAUUGUUAUACAAAAAAAUCAGAAUCAAUAGGUUAUUGGUUGAUACUGGUUAAAAGGUGUCCUAACUUUAUCAUAUUAUUAUAUAGUAUAUUAUUGUACUGAGUAUACCUAGUAUAAUAUUAUUAUACAUACUACAUAUUUGUAGUUUAUUUUUGAGUUUAAUGUAUAUACGAUGAGUUGAAAUUUUGGGGGAUGUGCAAUGUUAUUUGGGCUAUUUAUAAUUCCAAUUAAAUGAUUGAGAAUUAAA